UCAAAACAUAGCACUGCGUCAAACAGCAAGGUGUCACAUUCAGAGGUGCCGCAAAAGAAUGGAGAUGCAGCACAGGAGCAGACAAGAAUCCAGUGGGAAAAGGCUCCCAUAGGAGACGCGACAGGAAAAGAAGACAGCGAUUUUGCAAAUGAAAAUUCUGAAGCAGAACAGCUCGACCUGAGGAGUGAAGGGGAAGAGGAUAGCGAUGACAUCAGUGUAGAAGUAGAGGCAAUAGAUCUGCACAGCGACAAUCACGAGGAAUUAGAAGCGACGCAUUUUGAUGGUGAAGAAGACGAGGAGGAACACACAAGCGACAACAUUAGCCACAACACUGAGGACGUGGCGCGACUCGAAACAGAUGCUGAAGAAGAAGGUGCCUCCGGGGAAGACAGUCUGACAAAAGGCAGGGAGAGACCGUUUGCAACUCAG